AUGCCGACAACGACUAUUCCGACCCAUCACAUGCAAAUGGCCAACAAGUGGAGGACGAAGAAGGACUGUGGAUUCCAGGGGUAUGGACCCUUCAGUGGGCGUGGCUGCGUUUGCUGGAUAUCCUUGGUGCUCAUACUCGUCCUUGUGCCUGAUUUUAUUUUGGCACUCAAGGAUGUGUCGGUAAUGAUACCACAGGCGGUGAAACGUGGCAGCAACGCGCUGUUCACGUGUAAUUACGAUAUGGAAAACGAUACUCUAUAUUCGGUGAAAUGGUAUAAGGGCAAGCGUGAGUUUUAUCGCUACACGCCCAAGGAGAAUUCGGCUAUGAAGGUCUUUGCCAUGACAAGUGGUCUCAAUGUCGAGCGCAACCUUUCGAAUCAGAGCCACGUAGUCCUGCAGUCGGUGCCGCUGAAUAUUUCGGGAAAAUUUACAUGGGAAAUAUCCGUGGAGGCGCCCACUUUUCAAACGGCCAUGGUGUCCGGCGAAAUGGAGGUGGUUGAGCUGCCGGAAGAGCACACUGUGGUUACCGGGAUACAGGCACGUUAUCGCAUCGGCGAUUUGGUCGACGGCAAUUGCUCAAUUAAGUACUCGAAACCGGCUGCUAAUUUGACAUGGACUAUUAAUGGUAUUGUGGUGCCACCGCAUCACAUAAAGACUUACCAGACUGAGAGACGGGAGCCCCGCCCCAAUUACGGUUUAGGUAGGCGCGAGCCACGUGCAGUGAUUUGUGCCGGUCGGGAAUCGUGUUGCGCCAGAGCUGCUUACUCAGUGCACACGACCACCCGAUCGCCCACAAGGAGCAUAGGAAAGGAUCGCAUCUGGCCACCCUCUCCUGGGAGCCCCGCCCCAAUUACGGUUUAGGUAGGCGCGAGCCACGUGCAGUGAUUUGUGCCGGUCGGGAAUCGUGUUGCGCCAGAGCUGCUUACUCAGUGCAAACGACCAC